ACAAAAUAAAUCAACAAAUAAAAACGAAACAGAACAAAUUGAGAGAAAAAUGAUUGAACAACGGGAACUAAUAGAUAAAUUAUUGGAAACAAAAAUAAACGAAAUACACAAAAAAAUGGAUAUAAUAAAUAAUAAAAUUGAAGAAAAUAAAGAAUUAUUCGAAUUGGAACAAAAUAAAAAAAAUUGGAAUUUAAAAAAUAAAGAGACUUUGGAAGAACGUUUUAAUAAAUUUGAAAAAGAAUUUAUAGAGACAUUUGGAUGGAAUAUGAAAAAUUAUAAAGAAAUGGAGGAAAAAAUAAAAAUUAUGGAAAAUAAUGAAAAUGAGUAUUUACAGAAAAUUGAAAUAAUUGAACAAAAAUUAAAUCGUUUGGGGAAUUUAGAAGAAAAAAUAAGAAAUUUGGAAAUUUUUGAGAAUAAUUUUAAGAGAUUACAACCAACAAUUGAAAAUUUAGUUUUUAAUGAUAAAAUAAAAAAUGUUGAAAUUUUGGAAGAAAAAAUUAAAAAAUUGGAGAGAUUGGAAGAUGUUAAAUUGCCAGAAAUUGAAAAGGAAAUAUUUAAUUUGAAUAAACAGAGGAAACUGGAUAUUUUGAAAAUUAAUGAAAUUGAUAAAUUAAAAAAUUUGAUAACAAAUAUAAAUGAAGAAAGCAGAAAUAAUAAUAAAAAUUUUAAUGAUGAAAUCAAAAAAUUAAAUUCUUUGAGGUAA